GAUAAAAGAGUUUUACUUUUAGGCUGUGUGGAUGUUGACAGAACGUCCGGCCUAAAAAAUUAAAAAGAAGAAGAAGAAGAAGAAGUUUUACUUUUACAGGAGCUCUCAUAAUUUCUAAAGUUUAGGAGAUAAUGGAGGAGUGGACCGUUUGCCGAUUGUGUCUGCAAUCAACAGAAGGCAGUAUGAAAUCCCUUCCGGACGUGACUUACAACAUGAUUCCCUUUUUCAACAUUUACUUUGAACUCGUGGGAAUUACCUUCACGGACUAUCCGACAUUCCCAGGAAAGAUCUGUUCGUCCUGUGAAGAACAAAUGCAUCAAGCCUACAAGUUCCGAGAGAAGUGCUUAGAGACUGAGGAUAAACUGAAAGAACUCCUUAAUGAAGGUAGAGACAAUUUCAGUAUUGAAUUUAUUACCACUCCAAAGAUUGUCGUCGAUUCCUUGGGAAAAAAGCCAAAUAUUGAAUCUGAAGUAAAAUCAACUUCAGAUGCAGAAAUUUCCAAAAUCAAGGAUGAACCGGAAGACGAAGUUGAUGUUGAUGAUGCGGACAUUGUAAAUUUUGGAGGUGGCAAUUAUUUGAUCCAUAAGAAAAAACCUGAUCAAUCUAGUACAACAGCUGCGUCGAAUACUAAAAAACAGCUUUCCCAAAAGAAAACUGAAGAACUGAAGAAUCGCAGAAUUCAAUGCAAGAAAUGCGAAAGGAUCUACCAAGGUAUUGAAAUGUUUACAAGACAUCGAUGUGUACCAAUAAAUAAUGUGAAAGACCAACAAAUGAUAACAAAAGGGCCUGAUCCUGAUGGAAAGAAAACAAGGACUAGGUCGAAGCCAAGUAAAAAAAUCUACAAAUGCGAGCAAUGCAAUAAAACUUUUGCCACAACUAACAAUCACAUGCUGCAUAUGGACAAACAUAAUAACUUCCUGAGAUAUGCUUGUGAUCAGUGUGACAAGAGAUUCUCAACUUGGAUCAACAGGCGCAAUCACAUCUAUAAAGUACAUUUGCAGAAAAAAUUUUGUGAAUGCUCUGAAUGUGGAAUGGGUUUCUACAAACUUUGGGAUUUGAAGAAACACAUCACGACGGAACAUUUAAAAUUGCGCCCCUAUCAAUGUGAAGCUUGUGGAAAGACCUUCAAGCAUCCAUAUACUCUCAAGUCACAUGUAGAGACUCAUAAUACUUCCAAGACCGUAAGCUGUGAAAUCUGUGGGAGGCAACUCAAGAGCCGGAAGACCCUUAUCCAACAUAUGAGCAUCCAUAGCGAAGAGAAGAAUUACGUUUGUCCUGUCUGUUCCAAAGCAUUUACAUGGAAUGUUACAAUGAAAUCACACGUUAGGAGUGCUCAUCCGAAUGACCUACAUCUUCUCCCUCCCGAUGGAACAAUCGUUAAUAAGCGAUACUUGAAGAAGAAAGCAGAAAUGGAUGGUUAAAUAUAAUGUGAAGGCCA